ACAUUUUACAACGUUUGGUUCAAUCGUAAUUUCUAUAGUUUUGAGUUUUGUAUGUUAGUCUUUACGCGCACCCCAGAACCGACGCAUGCGCAGUGGGUUGUCAACGGCUUACAGCCGCGCUUAGUGAUUUUAAUAUUGAUAAGUGCGAUCAAGUGACGAGAUUUUUCAUACAAUUAAUCUUUUAUAAUAAUAAAUAACGUUUUAAAAUAACUUUAUAUUAAGUUAUAUCGGUAUAUAAAAAGAGAUUAUAUUACAAUAGUAUAUAAUAUAAGAAGUGUUAUAAAAUUUCGACGCAUUAUAUCAUCAUCAGCUGGAAGACGUCCACUGCUGGGCAAAGGCCUCCCCCAAAGAUCUCCACGACAAUCGGUCCUGCCAUCCAUCGUGUGGGGGGCUUACCAACACUGCGUCUUCCGAUCUUGAAGUGAAUGAAGGUGUUCAAGUGAAUCAUAAUCUGUAUGAAAAUGACGACCAACAAGGAACAGAAUGUCUCUAAUUCAAGUGAAACGAAACGCAUCGUGAGAAACGUUUUGGUGAUUAGCUUGGCGUUUAUGGUGCAUUUCACAGCUUACUGCGGCGCAGCGAACUUGCAAAGUUCCAUCAAUGCUGAAGCAGGCCUGGGGACUGCAUCACUGGCCGCAGUAUACGCUGGACUUAUAUUCUCUAAUAUAUUCCUACCAGUCGCAGUUAUCAGGUGGCUGGGCACAAAAUGGGCGAUCUGCGUGUCAUUCAUCACAUAUAUGCCUUACAUCGCAGCCCAGCUCUGGCCCAAUUUCUACUCAUUGAUCCUGUCGGGUCUUUUUGUGGGUCUAGGUGGAGGACCACUAUGGUGCGCUAAGUGCACCUAUUUAUCUGUGGUAUCAGAAGUUCACAGCAAAAUAUCGAACAUUUCAGCGGGAGCGCUAUUGACACGUUUUCUGGGUCUUUUCUUUAUGAUAUUCCAACUCAACCAAGUCUGGGGAAACCUCAUAUCUUCAUUAGUGUUAUCAUCUGGAGACAAUCAUGCAGCUGUGACUGCAUUGAACUCGACUGCGAUCUCACAAGUCUGCGGAGCAAAUUUCUUGCCCAGUGCUGAUGCCGGAGAAGCACUGCAAUCUCAACCUCAAGAGAAGAUACAGAUGAUUGCUGGCAUCUACUUAGCGUGUAUGGCUGGGGCUGCUCUUAUUGUGGCAGUUGGUGUGGAUUCUAUGAAAAGGUAUGACUCUGGUCGUUCUGAAACUGGAUCAACUUUGUCUGGAAUGCAACUACUGGUCGUGACUCUCAAGCUUAUCUUUGAACCAAACCAACUCAUGUUGAUCACCAUCAAUAUAUUUAUUGGAAUGCAGCAAGCUUUCUUUGGGGCCGACUUUACUGCGGCUUUCGUGUCGUGCGCCAUUGGCACAGGAACAGUUGGUUUUGUUAUGAUGACGUACGGUAUCGCUGAUGCUAUUGGUUGUAUCGUCACUGGCUAUAUCGCUAAGAUUACAGGUCGUAUCCCUCUCAUCUGUUUUGCUUCGAUAGUCCACACUAUUCUGUUCACAACAAUUCUGGUGUGGCAGCCUCAACCAGAUUACAGCUAUGUGCUGUUUAUCAUUGCAGUGGUCUGGGGUCUUUGUGAUUCCGUAUGGCUGGUUCAAAUAAAUGCUUACUACGGAAUACUAUUCCCUGGUCGAGAGGAAGCGGCAUUCUCCAACUUUCGUCUGUGGGAGUCAGUUGGCUAUAUAAUAGCUUACGUGAUCUCUCCCCACAUGAGAACCAGCGUCAAGACUUAUAUCUUGAUGGGAUUCAUGGUCCUCGGUUUGAUUCAGUACUUCAUCGUGGAGUAUCGUGACAGAAGCGCGAAGAAGUCGAAGAAACCGACCGUCGAAGUAAUCAGUGUUAGCGGUUUGGAUAAUAAGGCAUUCCAAACUACCGAAUGAAUUGUAAAAUUCCGUGUUUUGGAAUUAUUGUUUCGAAUUAUUAAUUUAUAAGUUCAGUUUUGCGAAUGAAUUUAAUGUUAUAGUUCCAUUUGGUGGAAUUUAUUUGCAUGUUAUUUUAGUGCUACCUUGUUGUAAAAUAUUUUAUCUUGAUAUAUUUAGUGAGUUAUUCCAUGUUAAGAAACGAUUUAAUAUUUGUAUUAUCGUAUUAAAUAAGUACCAUUAUUACGCAUUUCUUUACCAAGGAUUCAUAAUUUCAACUCUUAGUAUUAUGUUGAAAAAAAAAAAAUGCAAUUUUCUUUCUUUAUUUCUCAUGAUCGCUAGUCCGAGAUUUUGUUAAUUAAUUUUCGAUUAAAUUCCCUAAAAUAACAUAAAAGUCGAAUCACGAUUAAAAUUCAUUCUCUUGGUAGAAAAACUUGAUAUAAAACAUAUCGAAAUACAACUUGGCGCUAUAUUUUAACCAUUUAAGGUACUACUAAAUAAUACAACAUUUGAAGGUAAAAUUAUUUUUGAUACAUACGUACGGUAUUCUAAUUAAGUAUAAGUUAAUAUUUUACUUUAUUCAUUUAUGUAAGACCAAACAGAAAUUGGUUUGUGAUGCUUUCGUAAAUUAUUUAAGAGAUUUUCAGAUUCUUCUUCUUCGCGUGCCUCUGCGAAUACCAUAGGUUGGCAGUCAGCUUUGUAUAUUUAACUUUUUAUUGUACGCAAGGCGAAAUAGUUCUGCCGCACUCGCGAUUCAUGUCCACUCUCGGAUGUUGCGCAGGCAAGACUUUUUUCUGCGACCUACUUCUUCUUCCAGCAACUUUUCCCAUCAUUAUAAGUUGGAGGAGUUCGUACCUCUCGUGCCUAAGCAUGUGCCCCAAAUAUGCGACUUUCCUCAUCUUGAUGGUCUGCGUGAGUUCGCGCUUUUUAUUGACGCGGCGCAGAACUUCCACAUUCAUGAUCUUGUCAGUCCAACUUAUGGUCAACAUACGUCUAUAUGCCCAUAUUUUAAAAGCCUCUAUACGUUUCCUGAGGUCUUCUUUAAUAGUCCACGCCUCACAUCCGUAUAGAAGUAUAGGCCAGUCGUAACAGCGCAGUAAACGAGUGCCCAAGGAAAUCUUAAGACCGCGGUUGCAAAGUACUUUUUUCAUUUUACUACAAGUGCUUCUAGCCACUUCAAUUCUGGUCUAGAUUUCUUGGUCGUUAUUCAAGUUCUCCUUUAACCCUAUACUUGGCAGAGAAAAAAAUCUUUGAAUAUCAAAAUAAUAUUUGACGUAAUAUUUAUAACCCGAAGAUGCCUAGAAAAAUGCAGAAAAUAAUGCGAUGCGAGUCUUUAAAAAAAAAAAAUGUAUCCUGUAGGAUACAGUGCCAAGAGUCGUUGAUAAUAUGUUAAAAUAUCAAUGUAUCUCUAAAGAUACAAUACCAAGUUACCUAUGGCCUUAUUGUACAAUAAUUUGGUUAGAAAAAUAAGAAAAAUGAUCGCAUUUUUAAUCAAAAAUCAGUAUUUUUGUUAAAAUAAAAUAAAAAACAUUUAAUAUCAUUCCUGCUGACAAACCAAUAAAAUAAACAAAACAAUUUAAUAGCUUUAAGAAUUCUAAAACAUUAUGCUGUCGCUCUGACGCAGGCGAGACAAUCAUGAGUGCGAAAAGGACAACUGCAGCUCUGUCUAAAGAUUGUGACUUAAAAUGCAAAAAUCGGGGUUUCGUUCUCGACAAUUUUCUUCUCCAAAAUUUAACCAAUUGUAACGAAAUUUUGGAAAUAAAAUGGAAAGGAAAUAUACUGUAAGCUUUUGACAUGUACGACUUAGAUAAUUUAUACGUCUAGAUAGAGUCUCUGCUAGACAACCGAUGAAAACAGGCCAACUUAAGCGUGCGUGACAAGCUACGUCUUACAGAAACAAGAAUUUGUAUGUCACUUUGUGUACGUGUGCGUGCAUUGCUCAAAAUAGAGGUUAACAGUCAACCUCAACUUUUUUCGACGUUUUCACGGCUGUCACUGUCUAUCUACACGUAUAAAUGAUUUAAGAUCUCAAAAUAAUUUAAAUUGAAAAUAACAAGUGAUAAGUAUAGGUUAAGUAUAUACUAUUUCUAAAUAUACAAUUAAGAAAUGAAA